AUGCCGAAGGGGAGGCCCAAAGUGUCACACUUGGAUGCCCCCCUGGGCCUGCCCUCCUGCCUCUGGCUGAAAUUAGUUGGGCUCUUUUUACUGGUUCCUUGGGUCAUGGGCCUGACCGGGACAGGAGGGCCUGAGGCCCAGGGUCCAGGGGGGCUCAGUUGGGCUGUGCAUCUGAAUAGCCUGGAAGGGGAAGGGGAAGAGGAGACUCUGGACCAGCAGGCAGAUGCCUUGGCCCAGUCCGUGGGGCUGCUGAAUGCUGGACGCAUUGGGGAGCUCCAGGGGCACUACCUCUUUGUCCAGCCGGCUGGGCACAGGCAGGAACAACAGGUGGAGGCCAUCCGGCAGCGGGCAGAGGCUGUGCUGGGCAGUCAUGAAGCAGUGCUCUGGCACUCAGAGCAGAGGCUGUUAAAGCGAGCCAAACGCAGCGUCCACUUCAAUGACCCCAAGUACCCUCAGCAGUGGCAUCUGAAUAACCGGCGGAGCCCCGGCAGAGACAUCAAUGUCACGGGUGUAUGGGAACGCAAUGUAACUGGGCGAGGGGUGACUGUGGUGGUAGUGGAUGACGGAGUUGAACACACCAUCCAAGACAUUGCACCCAACUAUAGCCCUGAGGGCAGCUAUGACCUCAACUCUAAUGACCCAGACCCCAUGCCUCACCCAGAUGUGGAGAAUGGCAAUCAUCAUGGCACCCGAUGUGCGGGAGAGAUAGCUGCCGUGCCCAACAACAGCUUCUGUGCAGUAGGAGUGGCAUAUGGCAGCCGCAUAGCAGGUAUCCGGGUGCUGGAUGGACCCCUCACAGACAGCAUGGAGGCUGUGGCAUUCAACAAGCACUAUCAGAUCAAUGACAUCUACAGCUGCAGCUGGGGACCGGAUGAUGAUGGAAAGACAGUGGAUGGACCCCAUCAGCUUGGAAAGGCUGCCUUGCAACAUGGAGUGAUUGCUGGGCGCCAGGGAUUUGGGAGCAUCUUUGUGGUAGCCAGUGGCAACGGGGGCCAGCAGAACGACAACUGCAACUAUGAUGGCUAUGCAAACUCCAUCUACACAGUCACCAUAGGUGCUGUGGAUGAGGAGGGACGGAUGCCUUUCUACGCGGAGGAGUGUGCCUCCAUGCUAGCAGUCACCUUCAGUGGUGGUGACAAGAUGCUCCGGAGCAUUGUGACCACUGACUGGGAUCUUCAGAAGGGCACAGGCUGCACUGAGGGCCACACAGGGACCUCAGCUGCAGCACCUCUGGCAGCUGGCAUGAUAGCCCUGAUGCUGCAGGUGCGACCCUGCCUUACAUGGCGUGAUGUCCAGCACAUCAUUGUCUUCACAGCCACCCAGUAUGAAGAUCGCCAUGCAGAUUGGGUCACCAAUGAGGCAGGCUUCAGCCAUAGUCAUCAGCAUGGUUUUGGCCUGCUCAAUGCUUGGAGACUCGUCAAUGCAGCCAAGAUCUGGACAUCUGUCCCUUAUUUAGCUUCAUAUGUCAGUCCUGUGUUAAAGGAGAAUAAGGCUAUUCCACUGUCCCCCCGUACCCUGGAGGUCCUGUGGAAUGUCAGCAGGACGGACCUGGAGAUGUCAGGGCUGAAGACCCUGGAGCAUGUGGCAGUGACAGUCUCCAUCACUCAUCCACGACGUGGCAGCUUGGAACUGAAACUAUUUUGCCCCAGUGGCAUGAUGUCCCUUAUUGGUGCUCCCCGCAGCAUGGACUCGGAUCCCAAUGGCUUCAAUGAUUGGACUUUCUCCACUGUGCGAUGCUGGGGGGAAAGGGCAAAAGGGACUUACAGACUCGUUAUCAGGGAUGUAGGAGAUGAGCCACUCCAGGUCGGCAUCCUUUGGCAGUGGCAGCUGACCCUAUUUGGCUCUGUGUGGAGUGCGGUAGACAUCAGGGACAGACAGAGGCUGUUAGAAAGUGCCAUGAGUGGAAAAUACCUACAUGAUGGCUUCUCUCUGCCCUGCCCACCUGGGCUGAAAAUUCCUGAGGAGGAUGGUUACACUAUCACCCCUAACACCCUCAAGACCCUGGUGCUGGUAGGCUGUUUUACCAUCUUUUGGACUAUUUACUACAUGCUGGAAGUGUACUUGAGCCAGAGGAAUGUGAACUCUGACCCGGUUUGUAGGAGCAGACCCUGCCACUGGCCCCAAUGGCACCGAAAAGCCAGGGAAGAGGGGACAGAGCUUGAAUCAUUGCCACUUUGUACCAGCAAGGAGCCCGAUGAAGUGGAGUCAGAGGGUGGGGGCCUUCCCAGCACCUCUGGUCCCCUUGCUCCAGACCUACUGGAUCAAGCGAACUGGAGCCUAUCCCACAACAUCAAGAGUGCCCUGGAUUCCUCUCAUCAGCACCUAUCCCCAGACCUGUUACAGAAGGAGCAGCAGAUUUGCUGA